AUGACAGAAUUAGAGGAAAAAAACGAAACCAAAGAAAAAAAUGACAAAGAAGAAAGCGAAAAGGAAGUUUGCCACAAGAGAACGUGCCGAAAUAAUGCUACUGAAUUAGGUAAAACUAAGGAACAAUUAGCCAACUUAAGAAAACAAUUCUUAGAAGUAUUUGGAUUUAUAAGUGAAAUGCUGGAAGAAGAAAAAAAGGAAGCCUUCCAAAAAGCCCCCAAAGUCAAAAAUGAAAAGGGUGAAGAAAUUAAAUGUGCCAACUGUCAAAAUUCUAUUGCCUUACAUCCCGAUUUUACUAAUGAUGCUAAGCAGAAAGAAGAAGUUUCCCAAAAAGAAGUAGAACUAAAACUUAAUGGUCACUCAGUUUUCAAACAUUCCACUGAUAAAGAAAUAAGUUUAAAAGAUGUCACAGUAGUUUUUGUUAACAAUGAAGAUUCAGGGAUAUAUAGAAUUGUAGUUGGGGCAGGAGAAAAAGAAAACAGAGAAAUUUAUACCAACCAAGUGUCGGCUAAGGACAUUGACGCCAAAUUGGGCUAUAAUUUAGAAUUAUUUGUUAAUGGGAAAAUGCUAGAAAGCAAAAAGUUGGAAGAGAAAGAUGUUCACCAAAAAAUAGAUCUUAAAAUUAAUGUUUGGGGAACAAAUGAGGGCGACCAUGUAAUAGCCACGUUCUUUGACGAAGCAGUAAAUUUGGACGAAGUUAAAAUGGAAAAGAGUGAAGCGGGAUGGAAAUUAACUUUUAAGGAUAAUAUAUUUACAGUUAAUCAAGAAAUAGUUGGAACAAACCCAGAUCAUAUUCAUUUGAAACUUUUUGUUAAUGAUGAAAUUGUUCAACAACGAAAAUACUCAUUAACUGAGGAAAAAAAUAAAGUCUAA